AUGAAUUCCUCUUCCUCCGUCCGCUUAUCUACAGCUACGUCAAAUCAUGGCUCUCGCAUACCUGAAUGUAUUGCCAGAAGUAAUGAGGCUACACCCGUGGUCAUGAAAGCCGAAACUGUCAUAGAAGUCGAAGAUGAAGAGCCGAUUCAGAGUGACGCACAGCUUGCUACGAAAUACAAAGAAGACUUAAUUGGCAUGAGAGGAUCCUUGACGUGCUCGAUAUGCGACCAGUUACUUUACGAACCAUGGACCUUACAAUGUGGCCAUACAUACUGCUACUCUUGUUUGUGCCAAUGGUUCAUUCCGAAUAAGAGAAAAAAGACAUGCCCAGAAUGCCGUACUGCAGUGAAGCAGAUACCAGCGCCAGCCUUCCUGGUUAAACACAUGGUCGAGAUAUUUAUCAACAGAGGCCAAUUAAUGCCACACGAUGAGACGGUAGAACAACACAACCUAAAGAAUGCCGAAGAAACGCGGAUGGUAGAACAAGAUAAGAAGGGCCCAGAAGGAUUGUUCAGAGGCUCAUUUCCACUACGUCAUGGAGAAUUGUGGCGCGAUGAAGCGGAUGGGGUCAUGCGAUGUCCUUCUUGCGGUCAUGAACAUGAAGGCGGUCCAAUGUGCGAUAACUGUGGUGCUGAGUUUGACGGCAUCUAUGGCUUCAGUGAUAUGGACGAUGAUGCCUCACUUUCGGAUAUUGACGUUGGAUAUGAUCAAGAUUUAGAGCAGGAGAUUGAAGCCGAGAUACAGAUAGGAGUUAACGGUCUCGCCAAUAUUGUCCACCGCCGCCAUAAUCCCCACCACUAUUAUGAGGGGGGUCCCUUCAUUGGUGGUCCAUCUCACCAUUUUCUUCAUCAUUACCACGCCCAUCAUCAUGGCUUCGAUAUUGAUGAUACGACCGACGACUCAGAAGAUCCCACGGACUCUGACACCAGCAAUCAGGACAAUAGUGAAGAUGAAGAUGCUGGCUCACUUGCAGAUUUUGUUGCACCAGAUGACGAUGACAGCGAACCUGUUGCCCCAACACGUCGGUUAAAUCAAAGAGUUGUUACCAUAAUAUCGGAUGAUGAAGAUGAGUCUGAGGAUGAAGGUGGUGCCAUCACGAAUCGUCGCCAACCGCGACCUUGGACCCGCCCCUCCGAAACUGACUCUAUGGCCAUCCCAAACUCAAUCUCAGAGGAUGAAAAUGGUAGCAGUGCAAAUGGUUCGGAGUUUGGUGACGAUGAUAUUCAAGAGGCGCGCAUGAGAUUGAGAGCAUCAGGUGGUUGGAGUCCUUUAGAUGAAGGAGAGGAUGAUGAUACUAAUCGUGUCGCUCAUGAUCAUUGGGAUGGUUGGACUACAACUGAAGAUGAAAGUGCUACGGAUGAGAGCGAUUCGGAGACGAUUGGUAACCCAAAUUCGGAUAUUGAAGAUGAUGACAAUCGACCUCGGGCAGAGUUCUCAGAGACACCACGUUAUAGCAGCGCCGAUUUACAACGGUUCCCCGAUGCUACUCAUUUAGGCAUGGAUGGAGAUGUUACACCAAUCAAUUACGCUAGAGGUGGAGAUGACGCAUCGAACAAUUACGGUAGCGAGAACGAUACUUCUGACUAUGACACUGAUGGGGAUCAAUCAGUCCAACCCAAUAUGGAUCGAGAUGGUGACACUGAAAUGAGUGUGUCGCCAGUUUCAUCGCGAUACACUCGGAGUCUUAGUGUGGACAGCUACUAUAGCGCAUAUCUUGGUGAUGCUAACGAAAUGGCCGAGGUUGAUGAUGAUUCAUCAGACACCUCAAUACGCCCUCCUCCACGCCGACAACCGAGACAAAAUCUCUUUGUUCAACAGUACGAUCCAAGAAUAAGUAGGCUGUUGGCAGAGCAUCAAAAUUCUGUUAGAAACACUCAAAAUCUGCCAGGUUUAGAUGGAUGGGAAGAUGAGAUACAUAACACUAUUCGAGUGGAGCCGGCUUCUAGGGGUCGUCGUCGAGCUCAAUACCAAUAUCAAGUCCCGUCACUAGGCAAUAAUGACGCUAGAAAUAAUCACCAUCGCAUUGUUGUACCGCAUGUCUUCGACAGAGCAAGAACCCCUCGAAAUUCCCCGCCACCACGUGUCGUACCCGUAUCUAGCAGGAACAACCGUUUACAGAGGCACCAAAGAUAG